AUUCUAGAAAAAUCAGUUGGUCAGUCUCAACAAAAAGAGAUUGUAAAUUUAAUAAAAUUGCCUAAUAAAUACUAUUUGCUCUGUAAUAACAAGUUGCUUAUUUUUUAUAAAGUUUCUGCUACAACAGCACCAUGGCGGAACCGGCUCCUCAAAUAAUGAAGCCAAAAAUAAAACACGAUUGGUACCAGACUGAGUCACAGGUUGUGAUCACAGUGUUACUCAAAAAUGCUCCAAAAGACAAAGUGAAAGUAGACUUUGGGGAGCGCAGUUUAUCGCUGUCGAGCCCGCUGCCGGACUCCGACUCGGAGUUCAGCCUCGAGCUGGAACUAGCUCAUGAGGUGGUGCCUGACAUGUGCUCCAUGGCCAUAUCUCCGUCUAAGAUUGAGGUGAAAUUGCGCAAAAAGGAGGGCCUGAGGUGGACUCAGUUAGAGGGAGAGGGACAGAAAGAAGAGAAAGUUAAAGCUAUUCCUCAGGCAAUUAUUGACGCUUCGGGACCGCCACCAGCCAAAUGCCCCUCCAUCUUCAGAAAAGACUGGGACAAAAUAGAAAAGGACAUCAAGAAAAUGGAGGAGGAAGAGAAGCCCGAGGGCGAGGCGGCGCUGAACGCGCUGUUCCAGAAGAUCUACGGCGAGGGCUCCGACGAAGUGAGGAGGGCCAUGAACAAGAGCUUUGUGGAAUCAGGAGGCACGGUGCUCAGCACCAACUGGGACCAGGUGGGCAAAGACAAGGUGGACGCCAAGCCGCCCGACGGACUCGAGUUCAAGAAGUGGACCGAGUAGGGUGGGCGGUUGUCAGUGAGCGAGAGCGAGGGCGAAGCGUAAUUGACUCCCAUCAAUAUUAUCAUAAAGGUCUUCGCACAUUAUAACAACUCCACGCCAACGCGGCAGCAACUCUACUCACACUCCUUUAGUUUUUCUAGACAUUUAGUGUAUGAUGCGUAGGCCACUCGUUGUACACUACUUUAUAACCAUUUUUUUUUAAUUAAACCUUGAACAUAUGACACAGGGCUUAAAUAUCAAUGUCUAGCAUAGAGUCGAGUCGCCGGUGAGUUGUUAUAAUGUGCGAAGACCUUUAGCCUGUUGGGUAUAGCCUAUUUUGGCUAUAGCCUCUUUUUGUGUUAUCUAUUUAUGUUGAAGAAAUGGACUCUGGGAGUGGCGGUUGUCAGUGAGCGAGGCCGAAGAGGAAUUGGUAGCUUAUUCUAUCUGCUAUAAAACUUAAUAAAUAUCUGUUUAAUCAUCAUCAGCCCCCAAUAGUUUUUGAGUAGGCUUCUUUUGUGUUAUCUAUAAUAAUGUCGUAGAAGUGGUUUGAAUACACUGGCUGAGAGUGCAGAGCAGAAACUGUGCCACCACCGCAGAUUUGGAAAACAAAAAAAUUAUUAUUACCACUUUAUAAAAGCCUACUAAAAUCCUAUAUUUCGGUUUAAUAACCCUUUUUGUGUCGUGUUUUCGAUUAAAAUUGUAAAUAUGAUUAUGAAGAUUAGGCCGUGUGUUUGUGUAGGUCUAACUGAAGCAGUUAUAGCCUCCGAAAAGAAUAAAGAGGUUUAUUGCAUUUUGUGGUUUUAAAUUUCAUGUAUCAUGAUGAUAUUCGUUUUAAAUUAUUUAUGAUCUAAUUAAGUCAAUUUGUCUGGGCUGAUUCAAAAGCUACAUUCUUUCAGUUUACGUAGUACUUGUAAGGAAAGCUAUGUUAUUUUUAAAACAUCUAAAUUACUAUUGAGUAUGCAAUCAUCAUCAUCAUCAGCCACUCAUCCACUUCUGGAAGUAAACCUCAUCUAAGAAACAGCACAACACCCUGCCACGUUAAUUUGAAAAAUGCAAUUUUUGAGUUUGCAAAGUCUACUAAUAAUUAAUUAUUAAAUAUGUAGCUUCUCAAAUAACCAUAACCAUAGAAAUACUAACACCGACUUGCAUAAAGUAACUUUAAGAUAAUGUCGGCAUUAAAUGUAUUGCUGCCUUGCUCUGACAGUAUAUGGACAGAAAGAGACAGGCAUAGAUUUAAUGCCGACAUUAGCUUAAUGUUGCUUUCUGCAACUCGGCAUAGGUUUUUAUGCUUUGAAAUUGAUUCAGAAUUGUGAACGUUUUCAUGUCUUUUUCUCGUUUUUUUUAUAUGAAUGUGUGUUAUGUAGGUAUGUGUAACAAAGUUAUGACAUAGGUAAUUCUCUUAAGUUUAAAGUUAAGUUAUGAUUGUGUAAUAAAAAGAGUAAUAAAUAAUUUUAAUUUAACUAUAAAUGUACUAGAGAGAAAGACUGUGUACAUUAAAUAAAGAUUUUACGAAAAAAA